AAUUUAAAAAUAUAUAUAAGUGGCAACGAACGCAAUUGGAGAUGCUUAGAACAAUCGGUUUCAUCAUCAUCACCAUCAUCUCUGAGUUUCAACUUGGCACUUGAGUUUCGUUUCGUUUCAGAACACAAGAUCGCCAAAUCCAAACUCUCUUACGUUACGAGCAAUGUCAGAGGCUAAAGAUGUUGAGGAUUUGAAGAAUUCUCCUGAAGGUGACGUUAACUCCCAUGAUUCUGGGGAUGAUCUCAAAGAAUCAGAUAAAGAUCAAAAUGAUGAAAGCCCCAUGCCUUCACCUCAGCAGGAGGAAGAAGCUGUGAAGAAGAAGUAUGGAGGGAUGUUGCCAAAGAAGCCUCCACUAAUAUCUAAGGAUCAUGAACGUGCUUAUUUUGAUUCUGCUGAUUGGGCUUUAGGGAAGCAAGGAGCAAAUAAGCCUAAAGGACCACUUGAAGCACUUCGCCCGAAGUUGCAGCCAACACACCAGCAGGCCCGUUCAAGGCGCUCAGCUUAUGCUCCAUCAGAUGAUUGUGAAGGAGUUGAUAAUGCGUCUGCAGCGGAUGAUAGUGCUGCUGAACAUGUUGACGACGAUAAAAAUGAUACUGCUCAGGACCAAAGCUGUCAUUAAUAGCUUCAGGUUUGAGCUACAAAAUUGCAUUCUGACACAGUGGUGCUUUCUUCUGAGUUUAGAAGCAAAUGAUCACACAUAUUAGAGUUACUUGUGCUAAUAACUAAAGUGGGAGUUUUGAAACAGUUGCUACCAUGAAUUAGAUAGAUAUACUCUUGGAUAGUAUGAGAUUUCAUGAUGUGUUAGGAUUACACAACGAGAGAUCUUGGACAUUCAUUUGUGAAGGCGCGAUUGUGCCUGUUGUAACAUUUAACAUCUUACAAAAUAUGAUCACCGUCUUUAAUAAGAUUGACAUGAAAGUAAUAA